GUAUUUAUUUUUCUAACUGAUCUAUGUCCCUUUCAACAGUGAUUUGGGCGUUUUCACAACUGCCUUCUCACUUGUGUCGGCCUAAGAGGAGGGAUCCAGAACUGAUAAAAAUGGUCUCUUUCAAGAGGAGAUACGUUGGAAUAAAUCGAAUGCAUGAGCUCUCAUGGAUGUAUCUACUGCUUCUUACUUACCUUUCUUCUUGGGCGAGCCCCAGGGAUGUCCAGCCUGUCGUUGAGAAGGGGGCAUGCACAGUGUCAUCCUAAAGGAUGGAGCCAGGGGCCUCGAAGACCAGUGAAUCCGAGGAAGACUAUGCUGCAGAAGAGGAAUCCGAGGAGGAGUGCGACAAGGGGGAAGUCACCGGCGCCGCUAAGCCUUCUCGGCAGACACGCUCCGAGGCCGACCGGAAGGCACUGGACAGUGGAGCCGACUUGUCCAUCGUGGCCACGCAGAUACCGAAAAAAGACACAGCCCCAGCGGGCGUAGCUGACUCGGAGGUUGGGAGACGAAAGAGAAGGCGGAAAUGCAGAACCCUGGCCAUCAACCUGACCAACUGCAGAUACGAGAGCGUGCGGCGGGCAGCCCAAAUGUGUGGCUUCAAGGAGGUGGGGGAAGACGAGGAGUGGAGUGUGUACUGGACGGACUGCUCUGUCUCCCUCGAACGGGUCUUGGACAUGAAGAGGUUUCAGAAAAUCAACCACUUCCCUGGCAUGACAGAAAUCUGCCGCAAAGACUUGCUGGCUCGAAAUCUGAAGCGCAUGCAGAAAAUCUACCCGCUGGAGUACAACAUCUUCCCGCGCACCUGGUGCCUCCCGGCCGACUACGGGGACUUCUUGGCCUGUGGUCGUCAGCGGAGAACCCGAACGUUUAUCUGCAAGCCGGACAGUGGCUGCCAGGGCCGGGGCAUCUUCAUCACCCGAAAUCCUCGGGACAUCAAGACGGGGGAGCAUAUGAUCUGCCAGCAGUACAUCUCCAAGCCCUUCCUCAUCGACGGCUUCAAGUUCGACAUGCGAAUCUACGUCCUGCUCACCUCCUGCGACCCGCUCCGGAUCUUCAUGUACGAGGAAGGCCUGGCCCGCUUUGCCACCAUGCCCUAUGUGGAGCCCAACCACAGCAACCUAGAUGAUGUCUGCAUGCAUCUGACCAACUACGCCAUCAACAAACACAACAACAAUUUUGUCCGGGAUGACGCCGUGGGCAGUAAGAGGAAGCUGUCGACGCUCAAUGCCUGGCUGCGGGAACACAGCUACGACCCCCGAGAGAUGUGGGGGGACAUUGAAGACAUCAUCAUCAAAACCAUCAUCUCGGCCCACGCUGUCCUUCGCCACAACUACCGAACUUGUUUUCCCCAACAUUUGAGUGGAGGUACUUGUGCCUGUUUUGAGAUCCUUGGUUUUGACAUCUUGCUGGACCACAAGCUGAAGCCCUGGCUGCUGGAGGUGAACCACUCUCCAAGCUUCACCACUGACUCACGCCUGGAUCGGGAAGUGAAGGACGCACUGCUCUGUGAUGCCAUGAUCCUUGCCAACCUCCGGGGCUCUGACAGGAGGAAGGUGCUAGAGGAAGAGAAGCGUCGUGUCAGAGAGCGUCUCUCCCAGUGCCGCCAAGAGCUGCGGGAGGCCAGGCGAGAACAAACUGAGCUGUCUCAGGCAGCUCUGCUGGACCAGGAGUGCUAUGAGAAUUCCCACCUCGGGGGGUACCGGAGGAUCUACCCCGGGCCCGACAUGGAGAAGUACGCCCCCUUCUUUAAGCACAGCAGCUCCCUCUUCCAAGAGACCGCGGCUUCCAAGGCCAGAGAGGAGUGCGCCAGGUACUUUGCCCUGUGUGCUCCUCUACUCAGGAAGGGGCAAACCCUGAAGCUGAACUGCUCCCCAGCAGGGUGGAGAUGGCGUUAUAAAUUCUACGAAUUAAUGACUCAGUGUAGUAGGUUUCCCAUCUUGCCCCUCUUUCUUCUCCCAUCAGUCCCCCAUACAGAUGGUAAUUUUCCUACUUUUUUCCCUCCCCCACAUUCCCUGCCCUCUUCCUCCCCCCUCUGCCCAACACAAUCUCUCCAGUGUCUGAAGCUGCUGUGUCUUGCCAGGCAGCAGCGGGAAGAGAUCCGCCUCAAGCAGGAGCAGCGGCAGAUCUUAGACACUAAGAGGAAAAAGGAAAACAAGGAGCAGAACCAGGGGGAGUCAGCGGGGGAGAAGAGCCGGUCCAGGGCCCGGAUCCAGGCCCUUUCCACCCACCUGGCAUACAGGAGCUGGACCCGGGAGAAAGAGCUGCUACCAGAAUACCUGGACACCAUGCAGCCUCAAGAAAUUGUGGAAGAAGAGGAACUGGCGCGGCUGAAGGCCCUGCUUCGGAGGGAAAAUAUCAUCCGGAGCCUGGGUAUUGUGGAGCAGAUCACCAGCAUGGUGCAGUCCAGCCACCAGGGCCAGAAAAGGCUUGAGUAUCGGCCUAGAUCUCACCAGGACGGGCUGUGCACUCAGCCACUGCUGUCUAUGAGUCUGUUCCCACUGGUCCUCUUGAGAGGAGCCUACAGAGAGCAGGGCCCUCCUCAUUUCCUGCAUCCAGUUGGACCCCACGAGUUGAUCCCCAGGAUCAUAGGGCCACUGCCAAGCAUGAACCCUGCACUCCUGCAUCAUUCCCGGUGCUACCUACAGCCCAGGAACUUCAACUGGAUAAGAAAUCCGUCCGCCUCUGGCCCCUGUUCAUUGUCAAUGAAGAAACCUGGAAGGCGCUGUUUCCCCAUCCCCAGGGUCAGGCCCAAUAGCCAAGGCCAAGCCAGCAGGAGGCUAGAAGCCAUAAACAGAGCCAUGGCAGGAUCAGUGCCAACCUCUUUAACCCCAAAGCAGGGCUAUUUUCUGCAACGGGAAAGAGUGGUAAGUAACCCAUGGACUGAAUGCACCUUGCCCUCCAUGGUAAAUUCUGAACACAGAGCAGCCAAGGCCCAAGACCUCCCCCUCUGCCCUGCCUCCGCCCCCCUGACGCAGAGUUCCAGCGCGCUCCUGGACACCGGCCACCACAGGUAAACGCAGGAAGAAGCCCGGCGCUCAAGCUCUGCUGGAGAAACAACCCCCUCAGGCUUCCCAAGGGGCACAGGGCCUUCAACCACCCCUGCUCCGUGAAAGACUGCCACCAAGCCUGAGUCUGAAAGCCGCGGCCAGGACCCCCGUUUGCACAGGGCACAAACAUAAGACACCAGGAAACUCCCCAAUACCCCAAGAUUAUUUUCGGAAAAGACUACAAAGUGGAGGAAGAGGGGCCAGGGCCGGCCGUGCACUCACCUCCGCCCUUGAACCCUGAGCCUGGAUUUGUCGCGAGAGGAUGGGCCUG